AUGAGCCCACACAGCUCCAGUACCCCUAGCGGAUCCCGCCCAGCAUCUCUAUAUCCUCCCGGCGACUUCCGUAACUCGGCAUUGAACGAAAUCAAUGACAUCAAGUGCGAUGUCAUGGUCAACUGGCUUCAUUCACAGCAAGAAGAGAAGCUGUGGAGUUCGGGCGAGUAUGAAGAAGGUAUUGUUUUGAAAAAAGGCCGUGGCCAGUACACCUGCUGUCCCGCAGAACUGGCAAAUGAGCCCGCUGGCUUCUUCAAAGCUGUCGAGCAGCUUAACGUCCGAGUUGCAAUGACUGUCAACACGCGCGUCAUCAAAAUCAUUCUGCACAACAACAGCCUACCAUACAUCGAGAUCCAAAGGGGACUGCGCGUCCAGGUCUUGCCGGACAUGUCGUACCUUCCGCAAUCUCAGAAACACCAGUUUGCAGCCUUUAUCGCUGACCGAGGCAUUUUGGUCGUCUGGGAAGAUCAGCCGAAGAAGCUUCUCGAGCGCGUCAACAACAUCGAGCAUGCCUUGAUGGAUAUGAUAUGGCAAGACGAAUCCGCAUAUCCAGAUGAGAAUGAGAAGAAAGAAGCCAUGUAUCAGGUCCACGAGGACGAUGGAAGUGACGCCGAAUCAGCAGAGGAGAAACCUCGCCAAACAGUUCUCAUCCAGCCUCUCUUGACCGCUUGCACCCUCAUCCUCACACUUGCUGCCAUUGGGUCUGGUUGGCGACAGAUUGCCAUCGAGGUUGCCGUCGAUGGUGGCUACAUACGGCUUGCAUUUAUCGCCGUCGUACUUCCCCAGAUGUGGCUUGCCCUUUUCUUCUUCCAGGCCCUCGUCGGUAACGUGUCUCAAAUCAUUGGCCCAAUCGACCAGGUCAACCAGAACACCAAGUACUACUCUGGUAUCGCACCGCGGCGACUAAACCGCGAUAUCGGCCCGCUUCCACACAUCACCAUCCAGAUGCCGGUCUACAAGGAGGGUCUACACACUGUCAUUGAGCCCACGAUCCGCUCGAUCAAGGCCGCGAUUUCGACGUAUGAGAUGCAGGGCGGCACAGCCAACAUCUUUGUGAACGACGACGGCAUGCAAUUGAUUUCGGACGAGGAGGCACGCCAGCGACAGGACUUUUACGACGAGCACAACGUCGGGUGGGUCGCGCGGCCGAAGCACAACCCCAAGCCCGCCGAGGGCGAAGUGGCAUUCCACCGACGGGGCAAGUUCAAGAAGGCCUCGAACAUGAACUACGCGCUGUGGGUCAGCAACCGGGUCGAAGACAAGCUUGCGCAGGGCGAGCGGCCCGAGUACUGGACGCCGGAAGACGAGGCGACGGUGUACCGGCAGGCGCUGAGCGAGGUGGUGGACGAAGACGAAGGCCGCACGUGGGCUGACGGCAACAUCCGCGUCGGCGACUACAUCCUGCUGGUGGACUCGGACACGCGGGUGCCGCAAGACUGCUUCCUGGACGCGGUGAGCGAGAUGGAGCAGUCGCCGCAGGUGGGCAUCCUGCAGUACUCGUCGGGGGUGAUGAACGUGACGGACAGCUUCUUCGAGAAGGGCAUCACGUACUUUACGAACCUGAUCUACACGCAGAUCCGGUACGCGGUGGCGUGCGGGGACGUGGCGCCGUUUGUGGGGCACAACGCGGUGCUGCGGUGGUCGGCGGUGCAGAACAUUGCGUACGACUGCGCGCUGGACGGGCGCGAGAAGUACUGGUCGGAGGCGACGGUGUCGGAGGACUUCGACAUGGCGCUGCGGCUGCAGACGGUCGGGUACGUCGUGCGGCUGGGGGCGUACACGGGCGAAGGCUACAAAGAGGGCGUGUCGCUGACGGUGUACGACGAGCUGGCGCGGUGGGAAAAGUACGCGUACGGGUGCUCGGAGCUGCUCUUCCACCCUCUACGGUACUGGCCCACGCGCGGGCCCUUCACCCAGCUCUUCCGCCGCUUCAUCGCCUCCAGCAUGCCGCUGCACUCUAAACUCACCAUCAUGGCCUACAUCGGCACGUACUACGCGAUCGGGUCGGCGUGGGCGCUGACGCUGCUGAACUACUUCCUGGUGGGCUGGCUGCUGGGCUACUACGACCACUACUACAUCGACAGCUUCAAGAUCUACUUUGCGAUCAUCGUGGUGUUCUCUGCGCUGGGCAACCUCGCGCUGGGCGUGCUGCGCUACCGCACGGGCGAGAAGCCGCUGCUGCCCGCGCUGGUCGAGUGCUUCUCGUGGGUCUUCCUACUGACGCUCUUCCUGGGCGGCAUCUCGCUGCACGUGGCGCAGGCGCUGCUGUGCCACCUCUUCUCCAUCGACAUGAGCUGGGGCGCCACGGCCAAGGAGGUCGAGCACAUUACCUUCUUCGACGAGAUCCCGCGUGUGCUUAAGCGCUUCAAGUACACGUUUGCGUUUUGCGUCGCUGCGCUCGUCAUGAUGGUUGCGGGCGCGACGGUGUUUCCGCCUCUGUGGAGGAUCCAGACGUUCGUUGCUAUUUACCCCCUCUCCACCAUUGUGUUUGCGCAUAUGUUUUUGCCCAUCUUUUUGAAUCCGAACUUGAUGCUGUUUACGUGGUAG